GUAACUGUUACAUUUUUGUGGCAGAUGCUGGACUUUCCAGCAGCUGUGAUAUGAAAUUGAUUGGAUAGAAAUGUACAGAUCUGAAUGAAGUAAGCUUUACAACAUGAGACGGCAAGACAUGUGACUUCAUGCAGGCGACUUUACAGUAAAUAUAUUGGGGUAUAGCAUGGCUGUCACUAUGGCAACGAGUGCUGUUCCCAGCGACAAUCUCCCCACGUAUAAGCUGGUAGUGGUGGGGGAUGGGGGAGUGGGGAAGAGUGCUCUCACCAUUCAGUUCUUUCAGAAGAUCUUUGUCCCUGAUUACGACCCCACUAUCGAGGACUCCUACCUCAAACACACUGAGAUUGAUGCCCAGUGGGCCAUAUUGGACGUUCUGGAUACAGCAGGACAAGAGGAGUUCAGUGCCAUGAGGGAACAGUACAUGAGGACUGGGGAUGGGUUCCUCAUCGUGUUCUCUGUCACAGACAAGGCCAGCUUUGAACAUGUGGACCGCUUCCAUCAACUCAUCCUCAGGGUGAAGGACCGGGAAUCCUUUCCUAUGGUUCUUGUGGCCAACAAAGUGGACCUGCUGCAUUUACGUAAAAUACCCAGUGAUCAGGGGAGGGAGAUGGCUAGUAAACACAGUAUAGCUUACAUUGAAACAAGUGCUAAGGACACAGCCAUGAAUGUUGACAAGGCGUUCCACGAGUUAGUUAGGGUAAUCAGGCAACAGAUUCCAGAGAGGAGCCAGAAGACGAAGAGGAAAACCAAGUGGCGGGCCGACAGGUCCACUGUCUCCCACCGACUGCACUGUGUUGUCCUAUGAUGGUUUUUACUUGUACAGCUGCUCCCUACAGGACAGCGGGAAGAUGAUUACAUUUAGGAGUGUUUACUCUCUAUACAGAGUGCCAGGAGGCAGUUUGUACCCUCUACCCUGGCACAUGAGUUAGUUAGUAGGGAGUUGCCCAGACAUGGGAUGUGACUGACUCGCCCUAAAAGGACCAGUGGAAUAAUUUACAGCUCUUCUGGGGAUGUGCACUAACUUACUCAACAACAUGGAGAUAAAGUGGCAUCACUUUAGCAUUACUGCCUUUAUCUACCAAUGAAGAUCUUUGACAGAGAAACUGGUCAUAUUGGCUCACAAAGAUAAUAUGUAAAUAAUUAGACAUACCGUAAGUUUUACUAAGAAGUAGGCCUUUAAACAUUGUUUUACUAAGAGGUAGGCCUUUAAACAUUGUUUUACUAAGAGGUAGGCCUUUAAACAUUGUUUUACUAAGAGGUAGGCGUUUAAACAUCGUUUUACUAAGAGGUAGGCCUUUAAACAUUGUUUUACUAAGAGGUAGGCCUUUAAACAUUGUUUUACUAAGAGGUAGGACUUUAAACAUUGUUUUACUAAGAGGUAGGACUUUAAACAUUGUUUUACUAAGAGGUAGGCCUUUAAACAUUGUUUUGCUAAGAGGUAGGCCUUUAAACAUUGUUUUACUAAGAGGUAGGCCUUUAAACAUUGUUUUACCAAGAGGUAGGCGUUUAAACAUUGUUUUACUAAGAGGUAGGCGUUUAAACAUCGUUUUACCAAGAGGUAGGCGUUUAAACAUCGUUUUACCAAGAGGUAGAAGUUUAAACAUCGUUUUACCAAGAGGUAGGCCUUUAAACAUUGUUUUACCAAGAGGUAGAAGUUUAAACAUCGUUUUACCAAGAGGUAGGUCUUUGAAACUUGGUCCAUGUUUUCAUUAAGAUGGAGGCCAUUGAGUAAAGCACUGGAAAGAGGGAGGAAACAGAGAGCUUUCCCCAGCGAGGGGGAGUAUAGUAGAGAGGGGAGUGAGAGGAGGGGAGAGGAUGUAUCUGUUUGUGUUGGAAUCAGUGGGCCUGUCAGACAACAGAGAGAAGAAGGGAAAGUGAGGAAAGAGAUACAGAGAGAGAAAGAGAGAUUCCAAAUGCAUAGCAGCUGGCAAAGGGACUCCAGACAUUGUGUCAAAGCCUGGGAGGCUGCCAAUGUGUAGCCCCAUAGCUUAUACAGGGAGAAUGUCUUUAUAAUCUCUGAACAAGACUGUUAUAUAACUGCAUUGUAGCUUAUUGAAUGCACCAAAUGUCUUAUUUGAAUGUACAUUUAUGAACCUUGACAAUUUUGGCUUAUUAGUGCUCACUGGAUGUAGUUGUGUACUUCUCAAAACACUUUAAACACACAAUUGUGGUGUGUGUGUGUUUGUGUGUGCAUGAGUGCCCUGGAUAUGUUGUGGCCUAGACGAUGAAAUCUAAUUUUCACAUUUGAAUAUUAGUUUGCUUUGCUACUAUUUAUUCACUAUUUAUUUUACAUAAGUCAUUUAUAGCUGUGUUAUCAUUAGUACAUGGCUACUCCAGAGAGCACAAAGCACAGAGCUUAACUAAGAAAUUGAAGGAAGAAAACAUUUGUAAGCAAAGUAAUAAAUGUGUGUUAAUACAUUUUGUGUUCUAUUAUAUGUUUUUUCACAUUUUAAUAAAACCAUAAUUAUGACACAGAAGA